AUGGAUUUUCUAAUUGAAGCUUUAGAAUGUUCUUCACGGUCGUACUGCGUUCCACGACCCGCUGGUGUGCCAUGCUCGACAAAUUAUGAUUGUGAAUGCUAUUCAAUGGCGAUUGGAGGACAGAUUUGUGCCCAUUCACAGGUACCCUGCUCGAAUUUGACAUUGUGCAAUCCGGAUGGUGUAACAUGCUCUGAAUCUAACACAAUCUGCGUAACGAAUACUCGAUGUCAACGACCGGUUUGUUAUCCAAUUGUGAUGGCAGACUCGCAAACACAAUGUCCACCACCAGAACCAAGUCAGUAG